AUGUCCUCCGAUUACAUUCACGGGGCAGUGAGCAAACCACGGCCUCUGUCGGAAGCCAGCCACGAUGAUGAGACAAUUAUUGUCGAACUACCUGAUGACUGGUGGGCAGAUUCCCCUCAAGACCAGCAGGAUUGGUGUCCAACGUGUUUGUGGGAUGGCUCAUGGGACAGCCUUCUCCUCAGGUCUGAACGGCGGGGGCCAGCCUUAGACAGACUCAGCCGAGACAGCCUUCGCGCCUCGGCGUCAGCCAACAACCUAUGUUGCGCUGUUCUGCUUGGUAUUCUGUGCCAUACCGAAGGCGGUGGUCAUGAGCGCAUCGAGCUCACUGAUGACGCCGACUCGUGGGUCCGUCUCGACGACUGCGAGGGCUGGGGGGCGCAGACAGACAUGGGUCAUCUCUUCAAGGUGUUUGCUAGCACGUCAGAGAGACCUCCCCCAGGAGUGCCAAGCUAUCCCCCGGAUGACCCACCGCCCCUUCACACUGGAUCGGAGAGAAGCUUGGCUUGGGCGAGGGACCAGAUCGAGCAGUGUUCCAAGCACCAUCUCGAGUGCCAGAGGGCCUGGCCGGCCUGUCGAACCACACGCUGGAACCUUGCCAGCCAACUGCAUCGCAUAUCUUGGGCCACGCUUCCCGCGACCGUCGAGGAUGCGGUCAAGGCCACGCAGAAGCUGGGUCUCGAGUAUAUAUGGAUCGACUCCAUGUGCAUAAUCCAGGAUGAUGAGGCGGACUGGCAGGUUGAGUCGAUGCAGAUGGCCACAGUAUACACACACGCCCAUGUCACACUCUGUGCAGCCCUUUCAUUGGAUACCCAUACCGGAGUCUUCAGCAGUCGUGAUGCAGAGAACCUGAGCCACAUCCUCACUAUCAGGUUCCGCGGCGAGAAAUAUCCUUUACACGCCUUCCAUGUCCCUCAGGAGAGCGGAAGGAUCGAGCCGAGGUUGUUGGCAGAUAUCUGGCGAGGGUCCUUGGAACGGAGCCUGGAGUACCCGACGUUCAACCGUGCUUGGACAUUUCAGGAGAGGCUGGCCUCGCGACGCGUGCUCCUCUUUGGGAAGGAAGAACUCAUCAUGGAGUGUGCGUCUGGAUGUGUCUUCGAGGAGAGCUUAUACCGGCUGCAUGCGCCCCAAUUGAGCGACAAGACCCUGAAGGAAGCAUACGCGGGUGCGAUGAGCUCCCCUCAGAAGACAUGGUGGGAAAUCAUCUACACGUACAGCAACCUGAAGCUCACAGUCCCCACCGACAGGCUUCCUGCCAUUGCCGCCGUCGCCCAACGCCUUGCGUUGCAAAACCCAACAGACGAAUAUCUAUGUGGGCUUUGGCGAAGGACGUUCCUCAGCGAUCUACUGUGGGAAAGAGUGUUGAAUACUCUCGACAAAGGUGAUCCCCCCGUUGUUUCCAUUUCCGCGAACUGGGGCGCCGAAUCAUACGUCGCACCGUCGUGGUCAUGGGCUUCUUUCCGCAGCAAAGCGAGGAAUAUCACAAAUAUUGUGGAGCCUCUGAGCAAUGUCCUCAACAUACACCUUGAGUACAGAGACAACAGCAGCUUUGGGCGGGUCUCUGGUGGAAGAGGAUCAGAUCAGGGCUCAAAUCAGAUCAAACGAACAAGGCUUUCCUCAGCGAGAUUUCACGGAUGCUCGCUCCGUCCAAGGUGA